GACAGACCUCGCAUCCAAAGAUAAAUCCUAAUCAUCACGCACAGCCACGCCUCGACCAACACUCCCAAAUACUCCUACGCCUACCCACUCCAUCCCCACGAUUGCACUUAUCAUGUCUACCACCCGUCCCGCGGCCGUUCACAUCGGGAGUUCCUCAUCCUCAUCCGGUUCCGAUUCCGACCUCUCUACGACAUCAAGCCGUUCUUAUAUUCCAAACAUGGACUCAGUUCCCGUCACGGUCUCGGUCGAGACCAUCCGCUGUAUGCGUUGCGCCGCCUCCAUCGAAGUGACGUCCACCGAUGACCCUGGCAUCUACGGCAUGGUUCGCAUCUCAACAAAUUUAUAUUACUGCGAUCGUUGCGCAAAGAAAACUGGCUUCAAAUGAACUCCUUUCCCGACAACGAAAUGCUAGAGCAAAACCAUUAGUCAACAUAUCCGAGGCUUAGCACGAUCAGCAUCAUACCCGCUCGAAGUAUAUUCCCGCCGAAAGUCAACCACCCGGCCGAGCCUUCUCCGCACCAC